AUGGCGGCGCCCAUGUUGCGGUGCAUGUCUCCGAGCCGGUGGUUUUGCACCCCGGGCCCGUUGGGAGUGUUGCCCCGGGGGCUGCGGGAAGCCCACUCCGGCAAUAAGGGGUUGCUGGCGGCGCAGAAAGCUCGGGGUUUGUUCAAGGAGUUCUUCCCCGACAAGGGGACGAAGGUAGAGCUCCCAGAGCUCUUUGACCGCAGCAUCGCGGGCAACUUUCCCCAGACCAUCUACUGCGGCUUCGACCCCACGGCGGACUCGCUCCACGUGGGGCACCUGCUGACGCUGCUGGGCCUCUUUCACUUCCAGCGAGCCGGCCACAACGUGAUCGCCCUCGUGGGAGGCGCCACGGCGCGCCUGGGAGACCCCAGCGGCCGCACCAAGGAGCGCGAGGCGCUGGACGCGGAGCGCGUGGGCAGCAACGCGCGCGCCCUGCGCCUGGGGCUCGAGGCCCUGGCAGCGCACCACCAGCAGCUCUUCUCCGAUGGGCGGGCCUGGGGCAGCUUCACGGUGCUGGACAACUCGGCCUGGUACCAGGAGCAGCACCUGGUGGACUUCCUGGCGGCGGUGGGCGGCCACUUCCGCAUGGGCACGCUGCUGAGCCGGCUGAGCGUCCAGACCCGGCUCAAGAGCCCCGAGGGCAUGAGCUUGGCCGAGUUCUUGUACCAGGUGCUCCAGGCCUACGAUUUCUACUACUUGUUUCGGCGUUACGGAUGCCGGGUCCAGCUGGGCGGAUCUGAUCAGAUGGGCAAUAUCAUGUCGGGAUACGAGUUCAUCAACAAGUUGACUGGAGAAGACGUAUUUGGAAUCACUCUUCCUCUCAUUACAAGUACAGCUGGAGCAAAACUGGGAAAGUCUGCUGGCAAUGCUGUUUGGCUAAGCAGGGAUAAGACAUCUCCAUUUGAACUGUAUCAAUUCUUUGUCAGGCAGCCAGAUGAUUCGGUAGAAAGGUACCUGAAGCUCUUCACUUUUCUGCCCCUUCCGGAGAUUGACCACAUAAUGCAGCUGCAUGUCAAAGAGCCAGAAAAGCGGGGUCCUCAGAAACGACUUGCUGCAGAAGUCACGAAGCUGGUUCAUGGACAAGAAGGGCUGGAUUCUGCUAAAAGGUGUACACAAGCCCUUUAUCACAGUAGCGUAGAUGCACUGGAGGUCAUGUCUGAUGAAGAGUUAAAAGAGUUGUUUAAAGAAGCUACAUUUUCUGAAUUAGUUCUUGACCCUGGAACAAGCGUCCUAGAUACGUGCCGCAAAGCAAAUGCCAUUCCAGAUGGACCCCGGGGGUAUCGGAUGAUAACAGAUGGCGGAGUCAGUAUAAAUCACCAACAAGUAACAAAUCCGGAGAGUGUUUUGGUUAUUGGACAACAUAUUCUUAAGAAUGGACUUUCAUUACUUAAAAUAGGAAAAAGGAAUUUCUACAUUAUAAAAUGGCUUCAACUAUGA